CAGCCAAAGAGAGGCAGAACCAACCAAUUCUAGUUUUGCCCCCAUCCUCCUUUCUGAUGAGUUCUGCAAAGCAGCAGGCCCACAGCCAAGCGGGCUGCCCCCCUAAAAGUUUGCUACCCCUAUUUUUUUUUUAUUAAAGCUCCCUCCGUCCCUCCCGUGUCCUCAAGAAGCAGCACGAUCUCUUCACUCUCCGGGGCGGCCUUUUUUCUUGGACGCCUCGACCUUAAAGGAAACAUUCAUCGAAUCCGAGGGGGAGGGGGAACAGCUCCGACACGUUUCUCUGCCGCACUCGCCGCCGCCGCCUCCCGUUGUGAGCUGGCUACCUAAGACCCAACGGAAAUCCCUGCCCAGCCGCUAUUCUGCUGGGACUGCUGGAAAGAAGAGGCACCAUCCCACUCCCGCUGCACGAGGGAGGAGCUGGAGAGCUUGAAGCCCGGCUCCAGCUGCGGCGAUUUCUCCCCCACCCCUUGCGAGAAGAGCGACGCUAAGCACUCUCCCCGCCUGCUGCCUUCGGGGAGGGGGGCGCGAGAAAAGCAGCUGUUGCUGCGAAGAUGGCGAGCCGCUGCGUCCUCUGGCUCCUCUUCUGGCACUUGGGAUCCCUUUGCUAUUAUAAAGCCUAUGGAAUUGUUGUACAGACAGAAACUGAACUUGUUACACCAACAGAAUUUGAGGAUGCAUUUUUAAGCUGUAAACACAAUGCAAGGAAGGAAACUAAUACAAGAGUAGAAUGGAAAAAAGUUACAGGAUCUGAUGUUUCAUUCGUCUACUUUGGUGGUUCCUUUGUUGGCAGUUUUGAAGGUCGAGCUGAACUAUUGCAUUCAAACAUUCACAUUAAAAAUGUGACUAGAAAAGAUUCUGGGAAAUACCGUUGUGAAAUUAGUGCACCCACAGAACAAGGACAAGAAGCAGGGGAAAUUGAAAUCUCUCUUACAGUGAAGGUCCCAUCAGCUCCUCCGGUUUGUGAAGUGCCCAACUCGGCUAUGACUGGCACUGUAGUGGAACUACUAUGUAAAGAAAAUGAAGGUGUUCCUCCUUCAAAAUACAGAUGGUAUAGGAAUGGCAUUCUUCUGGAGAGGCCAAUCUCAGAAAGUGUUCAAAAAGACAGAGUUCCUUAUACCAUGAAUAUUACAACUGGAACACUGCUAUUCAAUCCUGUUUCAAAGAAUGACACUGGAGAAUAUUACUGUGAAGCUGACAAUAAUGUUGGACAGCCUCAGAAAUGUCCUGUGAAGCGAAUGCAAGUUGAUGACCUUAAUGUAAGUGGCAUCAUAGCUGCUGUGGUGAUUGUGGCUUUGAUAAUGGCUUCCUGUGGUCUUGGAGUAUAUUAUGCACAAAAGAAAGGCUACUUUUCAAAAAGACAUUCUCCAGGCAGGAAGACAAGUUCUAAGUACAAAGCUGCAGAAAGUGAAAAGGAUUUCAAGCACACCAAAUCCUUUGUUAUUUAAAGGAAACUCAUCCUCUAAGGAUCACCAAAUAAACAUUUGUUGGAACAGAACAUCAAA